UCGGUCGAAGACGGUUGGCCUUUUCUUCUCUCGAAGUUUUCUUUAUCGCGGGGAACGUGCGCCCCAACAGCCCCGGCCCCCGGCCAUGUCUCUUGCAGCUAUUUGUUUAUACAGAAAUUACUUAAAAGAAUAAUAACUGAAUGGCAACUGGGGACGCGACGGGCUCUCUCAGUUUGAAACGAAUCGGCAUUAAUUUUGGAUCCAUCGCGAUCGCGUUCCCGCAUAACACCACACAUUGCGCCAGCAGCAAUCGCAGUGCAUAUUCCCGAUUGCGAAAUAGUUUGUUUAUAUUGAGCGAUUCUGUAUUGGCCGCUCAACCUGUUGUACGCCAAAGUUUGAAAGUGAAUGCUGCCUAUAGAUUCGGUUUUAAUUGUGGCCGUGCGAUACAAAGCCUCGCAACGGGAGGGAAAUAUUUUGAAAUGAUAUCACAAAUGUGAAAUCUUUCGGUUGUGGGGAAGAGUUGAAAGCCCGGCGCCUGGGCUGGAAAACAUUGGCAACCAUCACUCGAUUCUGGCCAUAAGUUUCGCUUUUAUUGGCCAUUAUGAAGCAGUUGUUCAACAUAAUACACUGUGACCACUUGGAUGGGCAUGUUCGCUCUAUUUAUGAUAAUUUAAAUACAGAUGUUUGUGGCAUUGACCGUGUGAGGCGUGUUUUUACGUGCCUGAGCAUUUUUCUGCUACUUUUCGGCUGGAUACUUGUUUGGAAAAGAUACAAAAAAUGCCAUAAAACAUUACUAAUAUUCCACAAUGGACGUGCAGCUGUUUCCCUGGCCCUUUUGGCUGUAAAUAGUUUUGAAUUGGCCAGGAACCUUCUUCCUCAGCAAAAUGUGAGAUACCUUAACAGCCUUUUCCAUUCGAGUCCCAGGGAUCUGAAUUAUUUGGUUGUAAUUGGUUCGGGAGAAGUAUGGAACGCGAUUUUCUCUACAUUUCUGACCCUCAUGCUAAUGGUAUAUCAUCGCAUUGUGGAGCGAAAGAAGUCCACAGUGUUUUUGUAUGCCAGUACUGCCGUGGAGGGCUUGACCUUUGCCCUGCUCUUCAACGAACUCUUUGAGCUGGGGCGCUACGAGGACUAUCUGGAGCUCCAGACGUGCCUCGUGGGCAUGGCCGCCCUGUGCAUGAUAUCCCUGGCAUUGAUGGAUGGCGUUACCAUAUACAAGGAAUGCUAUCACGAUGACUAUUUGGAAGACUAUGCCAAAAUCGGCUACAAGCACUCCCUGGCCACAUUUUACUCGAAAUGCUGCUUCUGGUGGCUAACACCACUGCUGUGGCUGGGCUACAAUGAACCACUGGAGCUGAAGAAUUUGGGUCAAAUGAAGCUGGAGGACAGCGCCAGGUCCCACUACGACCACUUCCUGUAUAUCUACACUGAGAAGAAGAAAAAGUCAAAUUCGUCGCCUUCCCUGUGGUACUGCUACAUAAAGAACAGUUGGCAAAUGUUUGCCCUGGGCGGCAUUUUGAAGCUGGCCGGUGAUUUAUGUGCCCUGAUUGGACCGCUGGCCAUACAGAAUAUCGUGGAAUAUAUUGAGGAACUUUAUGCCCAGGCUGUCAGCCCGGAGGAGCCGCCGCCGGAGGAGACGGCUCUGCUGACCGCCUCCAGGAUCCUGGUCAACGAGUUCGACGAGGUCUUCGGCACCAACAUCGAUAGGGUGCGAAUCUACAGCAGCACGUGGUCGGAUCUCCUGGCCAAUGGGUGGUGCAUCGCCUGGAUUGUCCUGCUGGCCGCCAUCACGCAGGGCGCCCUGUCGCAGGCCUCGACGCACAUCCUCAACAUGACUGGCAUCAGGAUUAAGACGUCCCUGCAGGGUCUAAUUUAUAGGAAAAGUUUGCUUCUGAAUGCGGGCGGUGGGUAUUCCGAAGAAGAAGCUCAGGCGACUUCCCCUCCUCCGGAUGAGAAACCGAAAAACGAGAGUACCAAGCCAGCAUCAGAGCAGGUGGACAGCUCAAGCGCAUCGAAAAUCACCAAUGACAUCGGCAGCAUUACCAACCACAUGACCGAGGACACCCUGAACAUCAUGCAGUUCUUCCUGAUCAUCCACUAUGCCUGGGCCAUUCCCUUUAAGAUAUCUGUGGUUAUAUAUUUACUGUAUGUGAAUUUGGGAAUAAGUGCAGUUAUUGGAUCCAUAGUCUGCAUAGUGAUAAUGACGCCCCUGCAGUUCUUAAUUGGUAACGCUAUGUCGAAAAAUGUGGAGGUAAUUGCGAAAUACACCGAUGAGCGACUGAAGAAAAUACACGACACUUUGGUGGGCAUCAAGGUCAUCAAACUCAAUGCCUGGGAUGAGGUGUUUCUCAAAAAGAUUCAAGUGGCGCGAAAUAAGGAGCUCAAGUAUCUCAACAAGGAUGCCACAUUUUGGACCUUAAUGACUGUUCUCACUCAUGUGGCCACCGUGCUGAUCACCUUCGUCACCCUGGGCGUCUAUGUGUGGCUACACCGGGAUCAGGACUUCGACCUGAAUGCCAGUCGACUCUUCUCCUCUCUGGCGCUCUUCCAGCAACUCACGGUGCCCCUGCUGAUCUUCCCCAUCACAGUGCCCAUUAUCAUAGCAGCCAGGGUGUCAACCAGGCGGCUAGAGCGAUUCCUCAACUCCAGCGAGAUCCAAAAGCAGUUCGAGGGCAUACGAAAUAUGGCCAGGAUCCUGAGCAAGAGCGAUGCCUCCUUGGAUAUGUACGAGACGCAGGAGAAAUCGAACAUGACAAUGCGGACGGCUCAAGCGGAAAAUCGGCUAAAUGAAAAGCGGCUGGCCCAGAAGUCUGAAGUGCCAACUAAUGCCACGCCCCUGCUGCUAAAUACCGAUGAAUCAGGGGGAGAUGUGUCCCCAUCCAGCAUUCAGGAACUGGGCCACAACAAGAUAGUGCAGCAGCGCAGGGAACUGCUGCGGAAUACUCCUUAUGUGGCCAUCAGGCCUCCGAAAAUGCGAGGAACCAUCGGCGACAGACCGGCGGAAUUCUCGGUGAUUCGUGCCCGGAAUACGGAUAGCUGGCGACGGGAUUCCCUGCUGCUCAAAAUGCCCGAUGACAUUGCCGUCUCGAUAAACGACGGACUCUUCACGUGGCAGCCGCAGAGUCAGAUGCCGGUGGUGCAGCUGCAAGUUCCCGGCAUCAUCGUUCCCAAGGGAAAGCUAACCAUAGUUGUGGGCAAAAAUGGCAGUGGCAAGACCUCCCUGCUGUCCGCCCUGCUCAUGGAGAUGCCCCUGCUCGUGGGCAACAUGUUCUGGCACAAAACCUGCACAAUUUCCUACGUUUCCCAAGAACCUUGGCUUUUGAAUGACACCAUCCGGGAGAAUAUACUUUUUGGGGAGUCCUUUCGACCCAUACGAUAUGAUUUCGUGCUGGAAGCCUGUGCCCUCAAGCCCGAUAUUGAGUUGAUGCCCAAAGGCGACUUUACCACUAUUGGAGAGCGUGGCAUAAAUAUUUCCGGAGGACAGAGGCAGCGAAUUGCGAUUGCUCGAGCUAUAUACUCCUCUGCCAAUGUGGUUAUCAUGGAUGACCCCCUUGCCUCUCUUGAUAACGAGGUGGGUGAGCAUAUAUUUCAGCAUUGUAUUCGCGAGAUGCUGGAAAAAUCAAAUCGAACUUUUAUCCUGGUGACACAGCAAUUGCAUCGCAUUAAGGAAGCGGAAUACUUGAUUGCCAUAAAAGAUGGUCGUGUGGAGGCGUGUGGCAGCUAUGCGGAAAUUGAAUUGAUGCAUCCAAAAAUAACCGCUAAAUGGAACUCGAUUAUUGCCAUGGAUAAGGCCAAAAAGGAGAAUGUUUCACAGAAUCCAGGUGAAAAAACAGCUGGGGAGCGCUGGAAGCUACUGAAAAACGUAAGCAGGUUGGGAUUGCAGCGCUCCAUCUCCGUGACAAUGGACUCCAAUGGAGGCUGCCAGGCAGACGCCACCGAUGGCAGUGGCUGCAUAUCGGUGGCCAUUAGCCAGUCAAAUGUGGUGGAAGAGGACGAGGAGGAUGACCAAGUGUGUGCCUCUUAUAUCAACAGCAACGGCGGCUUCAAUCAGCAGCGGAAGCGCUCCAGUAUCUACGGCUCCCGGCACCUGAUGUACGAUGUUCCCCUGCCCAUUGACGAGUGCCAGGGAGAUGAUGUCAUCAUGCGUCCGCGUCGCCGGCACACUCUGAGUCGUCGUGGAAGUAGGACCACCAAUUCCUGGCACCGAUUAAGUGGUCUGAGCACCCUGACCGCCACUUCUGCUUCGAGUUCCACCAGCGGAGACCUCCUGAACCGCAGUACCGUGGCCACCUGUGGCAGUAGCUAUGCGGAAAGCAGCGUGGAUGGCUGUGAUUUGGGCUCCGCAGCACCUGAGCCUCGGGUUCAAUCCUGGCAGCCGCCGCAGAAUGUGGCCCACCAACCUCUGUCCCGGAACGCCUCCUCACCGCCAGCCAUGGAGGUGACAUGUCCGAAGAACACGGAGUCUGAGGAGGCCUUGAACAUCAGCUCGGAGGGUCCCUUGGAUGACCAGGUGCGAGGCAGUUUUCAGCAGUUCCUCCGGAGAAUGUCCAUGCGGCGUUCCAAUAAACCCAAGAACCAUCAUCUUCCACUCAGCGCCACCAACUCCAUUCUAAGCAUUUCGGAGGAGUCUCCCCCCAUUGUUCAUUUUCCUUCGACACUCUUAACGACAGAUGCUGCUGAAAAAGCUAAAUUGGUUCAGGAUGAAUUACUUUCAGAGGAAAAGCCCAAGAAAAGCGUGAAUAUUGACUCGAAGGAAACCACAAUAAAUUGCGCUGACACUGGCGAAUCAGCGGCCGACAAAGAAUUGGGGGCAAACGUGACAUCCUCGGCCGCCCAGGAGCCCGGCGAGGGACACGUGCUGCUCUCGGCAGGUGGAUCCGCUCGAACUGCCAUUGAUACGGAACGCAAAUAUGGGAAAAUAUCGGACGACAUAUAUCUAAUGUACAUACGGGCCGCCGGUCUGCCCAUAAUCACCGUCUUUUUUAUCACCGCACUAAUUUGGCAGUGUUUGCGUGUCUACACGGACGUUUGGCUGCAGCAGUGGAGCGAUGUCCAUGUCCAGGACCAGGCCCACGGCAGGGCCAAGGGCCAGGACGAAGCAGCGCAGGGUCCGCCGGAGGCGGAGGCCCACGAAGUCACGUACUAUUUUCGCAUGUACGCCGCAAUUUCGUGUGUUUGUAUAAUAAUGGCCCUGGUAUCAACACCGGCCGGACAAUUUGCCGGCUGUAAUGCCCGUCGUAAUUUGCACGAUAAGCUGCUGCAAACGAUUUUGCAUAAAACGUUGCAUUUUUUCCAAGUGACCCCGCUCGGACGCAUUUUGAAUCCCUUCAGCAACGAUAUGGCCGUCAUUGAUAAGAAAAUAGCCGCCACUGGCCAACGCCUGCUGCAGUUCACCUUGCUCUGCCUGUCGGCCAUCCUGAUCAAUGUCACCAUCUCCCCCUGGAUCCUGGUGCUAACCCUGCCCAUCUGCGGGGCCUACUACAUCAUACAAAAGUUCUACAGGUGCUCGGCAAGAGAAUUACAGCGUAUUGAAAACACGACCAACUCCCCUGUCAUAUCCCAUCUCUCGGAGACCAUUCAAGGAGUGACCACCAUAAGGGCCUUUAAUCAGCAGACUAGAUUUACAGAGAUCCUAUUCAAACGUCUCGAGGCCAAUACCAUUGCCUAUGCGAUACUGAACACCAGUCAUCGAUGGCUGGGGGUGUCAUUGGACUGUCUGGGUGGAUGCAUUGUUUUUGUGGCCACUGUGACGGCCCUGGCGACGGCGAGCGUCAGUUGCAGGAACCACGCGACGAGGCACCUCGCCACCGGGGCAUCCGAAACUUAUGCUGUCAAUAAAGGCCCCUCGGAAGCCCCGUCCCCAUCGCUGGUGGGUCUGGCCAUAAACUACACGUUGUUGGUGCCGAUUUACCUUAAUUGGGUUGUAAAACUUUUGGCUGAUAUGGAGAUGUAUGCGGGCUCCGUGGAACGCAUCGCCCACUAUGCCCAGGCACAGGAUGCGGAUGCGGAUACGGAUCCGGACUUGGACUUGGAGCAGGCCCACCCAGCCACCGAUGAAGAAGAUGUGAGCGGCGAAGUCGAUAGGUCGUCCCGGAGCCAGUCGAAUGCCGGUGACAAAGUUUACCCAGGCGCAACGACAGCUGCCGGUGAUGUUGAUGAAGAUGGAGGCCGAGGUGGAGGUGGAGAAGGAGAUGGCGCAGGAGCUGGUGAAGGACAUGAAAAUGGGGCUGCUGCUGCUGCUGCUGCUGAUAAAUUAAAUGCAGGCAAUGCAAGCGGCGACGGCAAUCACUUAAACUUCCACUUCCUCACGGCGACAGCUGGCGACAAGGUGGAGCAGGCGACGACAAAGACGUCGGUGAUUAAAGAUAAGCAACUGCCACCGCAGGACGAGCAGGUCGGGAAGGUCGUCCUGCCAAAUGAGCCGGCCAGGAAGCUCGAGCGCUAUCAAAGCGUUCCCAUUUCCUGGCCUCAAAGAGGGGAUAUCCAUUUCGAUAAUGUCAGCCUGCGCUACGAAGGUCAAACACAGAAUGUCAUCAGCAAUCUUACACUGAAAAUCCCUGCUGGACAACGAAUUGGCAUCUGUGGUCGCACGGGCAGUGGCAAGUCGUCCCUGGGGCUGUCCCUCUUCGGGGUCCUGCAAACGACCCGGGGCCACAUCUACAUCGACGACGUGGACAUCAAGCGAAUCCGACCAGACGAGCUGCGAACCAGAUUGUCGAUAAUUCCGCAGGAUGUGCACUUGUUCAAUGCAACCAUACGUGAAAAUCUCGAUCCACACGGUUACUUCCAGGACCUGCAAUUGUGGAACUGCCUCGAGCUGGCGCAGCUCAAGGAGUUCGUCAACGGGCACCUCCCCCUCGGUUUGGAAACGGUGAUUUGUGACGGCGGGGUCAACCUGAGUGCUGGCCACCGGCAGCUCCUCUGCCUGGCGCGUGCCAUACUACGGGGAUCCGUGUGCCUGGUCCUGGACGAGGCCACCAGUGUCCUGGACAGCAGCACGGAGAGUGCACUCCUCAAGGCGGCGGAUCUGGCCUUCCAGGGCCGCACCAUCAUUACCAUUGCCCACCGCCUGACCACUAUUCUGGAUUACGACCGCUUAAUUGUGCUGGACCAAGGGCGCAUCGUGGAGGAUGGCAAUCCCAGGGAGCUCCAACAGCUGCCGGGCUCUGUUUUCCGUGGCUUGCUCGAGAAGGGGGCCAGCAAAUGGUAGAUUUUCCUGGCCAAAUACUUAACCAUAACUGUGUCAUAUAGCGAUUCCUAAGUGUAUGUGUAGCAUCCUAACAUAGCCAUUAAGAUACUCGAAAUCCAACGACUUUUGUAUGCUAUUUAUAAGUCCUGAAUGUAUUUCUCAUGUAUUUCCAAGUAUUUGUAUCUGCUAGUCAUGUUUAGUUUCUAAAAAUAAAGCUACGUGUAUUAUGCAAUAAUAAAAACCGACCUAAAAAGUU